AUGGGGAAGGGCGGCUAUGGCAAGCGUGGCCCUGGAGGUCAGGGAGACAAGGGCGGCAAGGGUGGCAAGAGCUUCCCUUCGGCGGCCGCCCUCGAGCGGGAGAUCGCGCUGUUCGACGGUGGGCCUCCAGGCACCUUCGCGCUCGGCGACAAUGGUGGAGGCAAAGGUGGCAAGUCACCAGGCGGUCCAGUCAAGCCGGAGUCCCUUCUCUCUCGGGAAGAGCAUGCGUCCUUGGCGGAGUUGCUGGCCAAGUCUGGCGACGCGCUGGGAGCGGCCAAGCAUCGUGAGCUGGCCAAGCCUCCACCUGCGGUCAAGGAGCCCACCCUGCAGCACCAGGUCUCCAUGGCCCACAGCAAGCUGCGCGGCCUCGAGCGGAAGUUGCAGGGCGCUGUUCAGAGGUACGAGGAGUGGUCGGCGCAGAUGGUGGAGCAGCGUGCAUUGGUCACCAAGUUCACUGAGGAGUGCGAGCAGGCCGACGCUGAGCAUCGUCGACUUGUGGCCGCCCUACAUGCUCAGACGUCAGCGGCUGACUUGCAGAAGGAGCCAGUUGACAAAGCCGUGCCAUGUUCGCUGUCUUCGAUCAUGGACGGGUCCUUCACCGACAAGCUGGUCAUCGACCCCUCGGAGCUGCUCGGCGGCGUCGAGGAUUUCGAGCUCUCGGAGGCCGACAAGGAGGAGCUCGAGAAGAGGGGCAACCAGCUGCGAGAGGGCAUCCAAAAGUUGGCACAGCGUCUUUUCGCGCAGGCCUCCGAGACUGCCAAGAAGAUCCAGGUGGUGGUGCUGAGGCAGCCGCAGCCGAUUCUGCCACUGGUCCUGCGGCAGCAGCAGCGCAGCCUACGGAGGUGGAUGCUGAAGCUACCGCUUCUGCUGCUCUACGCCAGCGGGCCGCCAAUAUCAUUCAGCAUGGGCAGCCUGAACAAGACCCUCCCCCUGCUGCCGCGUGCUGGCAAGCAGAGCCCGCACCCGCUGAAGCUGCAGUCGACGCUCGCCCUCGUGGGUACCUUCAGCCUGCUGCUGACGGACGCCGCCGGGUCCGAGGCCACCCUCUUCAUCGGCGGGCUGCCCGCGGAUGCUGACGAGGAACUGGUGAAGAGCCUGCUGCCAGACGUCCGCGAGAUCUGGCGGGUCAGGAUCGCGCCCAACCCCGACGCGGGAUCGCGCUUCGGGCCCAAGGCCGCGCUGGUGGACCUGGGUUCCCAGGAGGAGGCGAGCAGCGCCGCGGUGGCGAUCAUCGACGCGACUUGGGUGGGCGAGGAGGUUCGUGCGCACGUGUGCCGCCCCUUCAGCAGCGCCGAUGCGACCAGUACGUCUCCCGUGUGCAACCUGUACAUCUCCAACCUUCCGUGGGACAUCACGGAGGAGGAGGUUCGGGAGCUCUUCUCGGCGCACGGCCGCAUCACCGAGAUGCGGCUUCUGGAGGCGCGGGACGAGUGCAGGGGACGCGCCGCCCUGGUGGAGUUCUCCAGCCUGGAGGAGGCCUCCUUAGUCGCGGGCAUGUUCGACCAGCACUCCCUGGAAGGCUCUCCGCGCCCCCUCGUGGUGCGCUACGCCAACCAGAAGGGCGGCGGGCGCGGCGGCUGGGGGAGCUCCGGCGGCUGGUGGGAGUCCAGGGAGUCAACGGGCUGGGGGCGUCCACCCUGGAAGACGGCCAGCUCUCCGGCGGCCGACGAGGCCCCAGCGGCGCGUAGCCGCUCGCCGGUCCGGCGGUGGCCGGACCGGCGGACUGGUGUCUGA